GCUGCCGUCCUCGACGUUUGCCCGCACACACCGACGCUCGCAAUUCUGUGUUCUACGUUAACGAAAAAAUGUCACAGGAACCCUUAUUUGACCCCUCGCUGAAGAAACGCAGCAAGAAGAAGCAAGUCGCGUUCUCAGAGGAUCCCCUUGGCGCAGAUGCAGACCCUACCACCCCCGCACCCGCCAUCAUCGAAGACACCACCGCCAACGGAGAUGCAGUUGAUUUGGGACCGAAGACAGUUCACGAGCAGAUGAAGGCAAAUGGAAUCGGUGCUGAUGAGGAACUUGAGCCGAAGGAAGUCAAAGAGGAUGAUGACUUCGCUGCAUUGCUUGGGGAGAAGAAGAAGAAAAAGAAGAAGGCGAUCCCACUCGAUCUUGGCGAGGAAGGCUCUGGCACGUCCACACCGGUCGGCGCUCCGGUCACCGAAGACCUCGAUUUCUCAGACCUCAAGAAGAAAAAGAAAUCCUCCAAGAAGAAAGCCGCUUUCGAUCUUGAGGCGUUUGAGAAGGAGCUCAAUGAGUCGAAAGCCAAGGAUGGCGCUGAUGAUGAAGAGGAGGGUGAUGACGGGGAACACUUCAAUGACAUCGACGAAGCAGAACUUGGUGACGACCCAUUCGCACAUGGGGAAGCACCGACCGAUAUCGACGCGGGUAACGAGCCUUGGCUUAGCAGUGACCGCGACUAUUUCUAUCCUGAGCUCCUCUCUCGCUUCUACAACUCGCUUCACGUCUCCAACCCAGGUCUUCUCACCUCGGGUGGCAAACGAUACACUAUAGCACCCCCUUCCAUUCAUCGCGAAGGCAACAAAAAAUCCAUUUUCGCAAACAUAUCAGAUAUCUGCAAACGGAUGCAUCGGCAGCCGGAACAUGUCAUCCAAUAUCUGUUUGCUGAAUUGGGUACCACCGGUUCCGUUGAUGGUUCUGGUCGGCUUGUCAUCAGAGGUCGCUUCCAACAAAAGCAGAUCGAGAAUGUGUUGAGAAGAUACAUCAUUGAAUACCUCACCUGUAAGACUUGCAAGUCUCCCGACACUCUUCUCACGAAGGAGAACCGUAUUUUCUUCAUGUCGUGCGAGUCUUGCGGCUCAAGACGAUCCGUGAACGCGAUCAAGAGCGGUUUCCAGGCCCAGGUAGGGAGGAGGAGCAAAAACAAGACUGGUUAA